AUGAAAAUAAUCUUAGCAGGUCUUAUUUUAGCUUACAUUGGUUCAUUAUUAACAACAACGAUGAAGACAUCCAAUGAACCAACCCUAGAAGAAAUGGAAGAAUUCAUGAUGGAUCCUGAACACUUAAAGGAAGAUAUAAAAAAUUUAGACGAUAUGGAUGAUGAGGAAAUAGAAAAACUUGCAGAUAAGGAAAAGCUAUACUAUUUUAAAUUACAUGAUACCAAUAAAGAUAAUAAAUUAGAUGGAUUGGAAAUCUUACAUGGCAUGCAGCAUUCCUUCAAAUUUUCUAGAAAUCUAACAACGGAUGAGUUAAAUCGAAUGAUUGAAGAGAAUAUUCUUCGAUACGAUGAUGAUAAGGAUGGAACUAUAUCUCAUGCAGAAUUUUUUCGUCGAAAUUAA